AUGUGGAAGGCAGCACUUUUGACCCUCAGCUUGUUGGUGGUACUCGUCGACAGGGUUCGCUCCAAUGAUGGCCAUCCCUCUUUCUAUGGGGUGAAACUGUGUGGAAGAGAAUUCAUACGAGCUGUCAUCUUUACCUGUGGUGGUUCUCGCUGGAGGAGAAGCAUAGGAGACUCAGCUCUUAUUGGGGAAGAAGCGUUUGACCCAUGGGUCAAAAAUCCCAUCCCUCAACUUACCAGUGAGCAGGAUCCUGUGGAGUCCAAAGCAUGGAAAGAUCAAGCGCUGGAUGUGGCAUCUCUGGCUGCUGGAUUCAGCCGCUUAGCUCGCUCCCCAAUCUCAGAGGAGGUGCUCGAGGCUCUACGGAGUGCAGAUAGAAAAGGACGGGAUGUUGUGGUUGGACUGUCCAACGCCUGCUGCAAGUGGGGAUGUAGCAAGAGUGAAAUAAGCUCUCUGUGCUGA